AUGUCAACUUCUACGCCAAUAUCUACAAUUUCAUCUUCCACACUAUCUCAAGUAUCCAAGGCACAAGAAUUAUCGUCAAUAACGUCAUACUAUAUGACUUCUACGUCAACAGCUCUCAGGUCAAGGUUAAUGCCUUCAUCUAGCACGGUUUUAGUGUUAUCAUUUUCAAGAUACAGUGACACUGAACCAAAGGUAUCAUUUCCUACAACACCGCUGCACAACAACCAUUUACAAACGUCAGAACUCUUGACAACCGAUAAAACAACAACGUUUACGUCUUCAUCUGUGAGUACAGGGAGAAUUUCUGCCAGUGCAGCAAACGCCAUUUCAGCUUCUUCAAGUACAUCACUUGAGACAAAUCAUUCGAUACUUCAAAUUCCUCCUGUGGAGAACACCAAUUUAGUUGCACAGAAUAUUUCAAGAAAUGUCUGGGUGAGGAUAAACGAUAAACUUUUACUUGUCGUGGAACGAAAAGAAAGUUUUUCAAAUGCUAGAAAUAUUUGUAUGGAAAUGGGUGCUGAACUGUUGGCAUACUCCAAUCCAAUGCGGUUUUUCCAGCCAUCAAUUGAUCAAAUAUUGACAAACAACUCGUACUGGCUCGGAGUAUACAUGGACAAACUUGGCAUGGAAUGUCCUCUCUUAUACAACAGGAACAAUGUAAGCAGUUUCCGACUAGCCAACUGCAGCAACAGUAAUCAAUUCAUAUGCAGUAAGUCGAGCAAUGUAACUGACGAAGCUGAAAGAUUAGAAUUUGAAGAAAUGUUACAAGAUAUGAUUGUUAAAAGGUUAGAUACAAGUAAGACUAAAAGAAAACUUGUAUCUGCAAGUGAUAAACGAGCGAGUUCUAAAAGUAUUGGAGCUGCUGGAAUAUUAAUUAUCAUAUUGUAUUGUGUAUUAUAUGUUCUUCGUAUAUGA